AUGGUUGAGGCUGAUUGGUCUGAAGAGAACACUAGAGUUGUUUGUAGAUUGUUUGCUGAACUAGUUAGGUGUGGAAAUAGUUCGAGCACCCAUUUGAACAAUGUAGGGUACAAAAGUGUGAUUGGCAAGUUUCAUGAGGAGACGAGCAUUUUGUACAAUAGAGGCCAGUUUAAGAAUAAAUGGGCAAAAUUGAAGGCACAAUAUACUGCUUGGAAGGAUUUGUUGAAGCAAACUAGUAUAGGUUGGGAUGAAAAGAAGGGGACAGUUCGCACGAACAACGAUAGGUGGAAGAAGAUGAGAAAAGAAAUUCCCGAAUGUGGCAAGUUUAAAGAGAAGAGACUUCAAAAUGAAGAUGAGUUGAAGAUUAUGUUUGAAGACCUUCGUAAUACAGGUGAUGACCACUUUUGUGCUUCAUCAGGUUUAAUUCCUCAAAGUCCUAAUGGUGUCUUGAAUGGUGGUGAUGAGGAGGCUGAGUUAGAUGAUGACAGUGAGCCAGAAGAAAUAACAUCAAGUGGCAAGGGCAAAGGCAAGAGACAUUGUGGUGACGACAAAGACAAGGAAAAAGAGCGAAGACAAGUGGAGGCGAGUGGAUAA